GAGAGGGUAAAGGCGUACCGGAGCCGCCGUUUUAUUCAGUACAGCGACGACCGUAGUGCCGGUGAGACGAGUGUCUUUCGUUCCGUGGGUGACUUUCGCAUAAGUACGCAGUUUCGUGCACCUCGCUGGCUCCUUCCAUCCGUAUCCCGCCUAUUUUCGUUUAGGAACGCGAGUCAUUCUGCAACGGGAACGCCGGAACAGGCUCGCACGAGUGUAAGAUAGUAUCCAAAGCACCAGACGUCGAUUCACACCGACAUCGUUCAGUUUUUCGUCGUAGUCACAGCAACGCUCUUUCACCGGGAAGCCCUAAUAAAUAACACUCUUCGUGCCGCUUCGAGCUCUUCGAAUCGCAGAGGAGUCGAGCAACGAUUUAAAGAUUCGACGAAGAAAGACGCGACUUAAUUAUGUCUUUCCUCGAAGAUACCAUAAACGUGAUCGGUUUCCUAAUCCUCACGGUUGGAUUCAUCAUCAAGAAUACCAUCAGAGCACUGAUCCCGGAAAAGUACAAGGCGAAGAAUAUCGCUGGGAACAUUGCCUUGGUCACUGGAGGUGGUGGCGUGUUGGGAAGGCUCAUCGCCCUCAGGCUAGCCAAGCUAGGCGUAAUCGUUGUCGUCUGGGACGUUAAUAAGGCCGGUAUCGAGGAAACUGUCAAACUGGUGAAAUCCUCAGGUGGUAUCUGUUAUGGUUACGUUUGCGAUCUAUGCAAUCGGGAGGAUAUUUACAGGAAAGCGGCGCAAGUCAGGAAAGAGGUUGGAAAUGUAACCAUUUUGAUAAACAACGCGGGCAUAGGAUCUAGCUACAAAUUUCUGAACACGCCAGACAAACUCAUUAUCCAAACAAUGGAGGUGAACGUGUUGAGCCACUUUUGGACAACAAAAGCGUUCUUACCUUCGAUGAUGGAGCAUAACUAUGGCCAUAUUGUAAGCAUCGCGAGUCUGGCUGGGCACAUAGGAGUGCCGCACCUGAUCAACUAUUGCACAUCGAAAUUUGCGGCAGUUGGAUUCGAGGAAGCUCUUCAUAUGGAGUUAGCUGCUGAGGGAUAUAAGAUCAAUAGCACGGUGGUAUGCCCAUUCUUUAUUCAAAGUACCGGCAUGUUCAAUAAGGUUUCACCAAGAUAUUUGCCAAGGCUCACUCCAAAUGAUGUAGCUGAUCGUGUUGUGUCCGCUAUAAGGUGCAACGAGAAGGUCGUCAUAGUACCUGGUUACCUUUACAUUUUUCUCAUUUUGAAAUGGGCUUUUCCAUGGGAAUGUGCAGGCAUGUUCAUACGAGGUAUGCUUUUAAAUCAGGUUCACCCCUCGGACGCUCCCUCGAAAGAAGAAGAAGAAGAAAAAGAAAAAGAAAAAGGGGAAGAGAUCAUUCCUACUGUGUUCUCCAAGGAUCCAGAUACUACUGUUAUUCAGCAACAAUUAACCAGACGUAUCUCCUGUUCUGAGAGAAAACCAUAAUUGUUUCGUCAUAAACAAGUUUUAUUUCGAAAGAAUAAAUGUGGCGUAUGUGGGAGUCAUGGAACAUUCUAACGACCAUACGAUAACGAUAGAAACUCGUUCGCUAAUGUACACCAAUGCAGCUUGUUUCUAUGACGAGUUGUUGCGUAAAAUUAAGAUAUAAGUUUCGCAGAACGAGAACUAUUGUAGAAUGUUGUAGAAAGUUCUAGAAUGACCAUUUCUCAAAGCACGGCCUAGAAUCUCGUAAAAUAAUGAAUAUGAAUGGAAACGAGAUUUUCUAAGAUAUACACCUGAACUUUUAUGAAUCUUUUUUAUUUAUAAUUGUAAAAUGUCGUAGUGUGUUGUAUGCUGCUGCACAAUAUCAAUACAGAGUUUUGUUGAGAAUCGUCGCUGUUAAGAAUUGAUGUUUCGUACGGUAAUGAGAUUCUAUAGUACGAUGAUAAAGUUUAUAACCUUAUGUUAUAACCUAAUAAGAUUUACGAUAAGGUUUAGGGUUUUUAUUAAGUAAGAACGAUAGACACGACAUGGAAUUUUUAAUGGUUGGUUUCGUGUGAUCAACAAUUGUACUUGUGUAAGAAUAUUCACGGCUACGAAUGCAACGAAAAAAUGUGUGUAUUUAUCAACCGUAUGUAACAAAUUGUUACGAAACAAUUCGCAGGAGAAAUAAAAUUGUAGAAGUUGUGUCAUUUGUAAGUACUUACACAUUAGCCCAUUUGAAUUACCGACUUGCGAGAUGAAACUUGUUGAAUCGAUUAUAACUAUAUCAUACAAACAAAGUGUCGUUUAAAAACAAAGUGCCAUAUAUCUAUCCUAUACAAAUGAUUGUUUUAUAGAUGAAAAUUGUAAUAAAACUACAUUUUCUACU